AUGGCAGUGAUGACAAGUGUUUGUGCUUCUUUCGUCCUGUAUUUCGUACUUUUUUCUCUCCCAGCAUCGAAUGCAUGCCGUGGUGGACGAGGAGGAGGCGGUCCUCCAGACAGAAAACCACCGGAAUUGGUACGCGGAACUUGCCCCGGGCAUCAGACAAGAUAUGCGUACCCUCUGUUAGCGAUUGCAGUUGUUAGAUGGCCUGAGCCAAAUGCAACAGACGACCGUAGCAAUCCCGUCAGUGUGAAGUUAGAAGAUGGCCUACCCAGUGGCAGCCGCUUCAGUGUCGCUAAGUCACCUUAUUACAUCAGAUACUCCGCCACGGAUGCAAAAAAUAACAAAGUCCCAAACUUGUGUUCCUUCACCGUCAGAGUGAAGAUAAAGAGAUGUGGGCCACACCCCCCAGUGACUUGGGGUUUGGUUUCCUGUUCUCAUCAGGACCAGCACGGCUCAUUAUGUAUCACUACCUGUGCCAGUGGUUACUUCAUUCAGAGAUCACGCAAACGAACCUGCAAAGCAAAUGCAAUGUGGUCUGGUCGUCCACCAUUAUGCGCACCCAUUCAGUGUCCCAACUUACCCGGUACAUCCUGCACUGACUCCAACAACUAUCGCAGCAGCUGUACUCACUCAUGCAGUCAACCAGGCUACGGCCCUGCCCCAGGUCAGAGUGCAACCAGGACCUGUAAAGCUGAUAAAACUUGGACUGGGACUGCCAUAACCUGUGUUGAUAAGCAGGCUCCAACACUGAACUGCCCUAGAGAUAUCAGGGUGUUUGCAGAUGCCUCUCAGACCUACAAGAGUGUCACUUGGGGCCUGCCGCAAGUCAGUGACAAUUCCAAGCUUCCCAUCUAUCCGGAACUGGUUCAUGGAAGUCUACCACCAGGAUCGAUGUUCAGCAGAGGUUCUCACUCCAUCACUUACCGGGCCACAGAUGAAGCAGGAAACACUGCAACAUGUUCAUUCACCGUCCUAGUCCAAGUGAGUCACUGCCCUGCUCUCCAAUUCCAAUCUGGUCAAAGGAUGUUGUGCUCAUCCCAGUUCAUCUAUGGCUCUGUCUGCCAGUUUGAGUGUCAGCCAGGCUUUGUGUUGACUGGCAGUGCUAGUGUUGAAUGCCAGCGACAAGGGAACAUAGGAGUCUGGAGUGCAGAGCAGCCAACCUGUGAAGCUAUAACAUGCCCUCCGCUGACCGCUCCAGAAAACGGUAGAAUUGUGGGAAAUACUCCAUGCUCUACAGCCUAUGGCUCUUGGUGUCAGUUUGAGUGUCAUGACGGCUAUCAGCUCGCAGGGAGUGGAGUCCGUCGCUGUCUGGCACUGGCUGGAGUAUCUGAGGGCUUCUGGGAUGGCUAUGAGGCUCGCUGUGAAGAACAAACCUGUCCACGAGUCUACAUUCCUCCCAAUGCCUACAUCAGCAACCAGAAUGAAUGUCCAGCCACUGGCCAGAUCCCAGCAGGGACCACCUGCUGUUUUGCUUGCCGACCAGGCCACGCUCUGACUGGGUCUACAGAGGUCUCUUGUGGGACGGAUGGAAACUGGAAUACAGCCUUCCCCUACUGUGAAGUUAUUACCUGUGACAGCAGUGAGUUGCCUGCACCGCAGAACGGAAUUAAAAAUGGCUGCCCCCAUGCUGAGGAAAUCUACGGCACAGUGUGCACCCAGAUUUGUGACCUAGGUUUCAUGCCGACCCAGCCCACUUACAUAACCUGCCGUGAUGACGGGAAUGGAGUGGGAACAUGGGAUGGAAACACCAUCACAUGUGAAGAGGUCAAAUGUGAUCCACUGGAUGCCCUUGGUACUCCAGGCUACAUGCCACUGUCAUGCACGCUGGACGGAGUGCCUGUGAGUGGCACAGACCAGAUGCAGAGUUACGGCACUAUCUGCGUGGCAUCAUGUGACCUGGGAUUCACCAGUAGCGGCUCGGGGAGUCGGUUUUGUCAGUUGAACGGCCAAUGGGACGGUGUUCCACUGCAGUGCACAGAUAUAACCCCACCCACUUUGAUGUGUCCAUCAGACAUCACACUGUUUGCCAUUCAGGGAACAAGCUUUGCAGAAGUCCGCUAUGAAUGGGAACCCAUUCCGGUUAUUGAUGCCAGUGGUGACGUCAUCGUGACAUUGACCAGCAUCAAUGGUCAGCCAGUACCAGCCAACAGGAGCUGUAUAUUCCAUGAAGGAAUACAUCGUCUGGUCUACUCAGCAGUGGAUGGUAGCGGCAAUGAGGCAGAAUGCGAUCUCACUGUGAAUGUCUUGGUCGCCCGUUGCCCACCAUUGUACAGUCCCCAGAACAGUGAGACCAGUCUGGUGUCUGGCCAAGGGACGUGUCACAACUCUGCCGUAUAUGGCUCUGUGUGCAGCAUAAGCUGUGAUGUAGGUUACACACUGUCAGAUGGUAGCCGAGAAGUCACAGUUGAAUGUGUCAAGAACACAGCGUCAUCAACAGUUGGUUACUGGCAGGGCUCAGUGGUAGAGUGCGUCCCCAACACGUGUCAGGUACCAGCCAUCCCCAACGGUUACAUUUCAGGCUGCAGUGACCAGGAGGUAGAGUACCAGUCAUCCUGCACGUUUAUGUGCAAUCCUGGUUACCGUGACAGCCGUACAUCCCUGAGUAGGACCAUUAGGACGUGUCUGGCUGAUGGGCAUUGGACAGGAGUGCAGCCGGUGUGUGAAGCUGUUGUGUGUCCCACCUUACCAAGCCUGGACCAUGGUACAGUCCAACCCAGUGAAUGCUCCACCCAGCAUGAGCUUCCAUACAACACCCAGUGUAUAUUCACCUGCAAUGAAGGCUUCUCUCUCAAUGGUCCCUACAGCAAGGUUUGCACUGCCCAGGGAGUGUGGAGUGAUGCACGCCCAGUCUCCUGCUCAGAUUACCAGUCACCUGCAUUCACCAAGCCCUGCCCCAUAUACAUCUCUAAAAUUGCACCCCCAAAAAUGAAACAGGCUGUUGUCUAUUUCGAUAAGCCAGAUGCCAUAGAUAACUCCGGUAACGUCACCGUGAGGAGGUGCAAGCGCUUGAUUCACUCAGUGGACAUUAUCACUUCUCAAGCAGGCACUAUCAAAUAUUGA